CCGCAAAUUAAUUGAAAAUACAUUUUGAUUAAAAUGGUAUAAUCAUGCUUAUCUAGGCGAGACAAACUGAUACCUGCCACUCGUAGUCAGCUUCUGAGACGAGCCACAUCACAUUCUCCCACGCACUGACCUAGAACCAAGAGAUAUAGUCAUGGACCGCAAACAGAUGAUAUCCGUUUUCCUUCUCGUGGUUCUGACCAUCCACUCAGUCGCCGCCGCCAAGUGGCCGACGUUCCCAGGACCAGAAGGCAUUAGAUCUAGUACUUGCCAAGCAGAUUUGAAUUGUAAAAGCAAUAACAUUGUCACCCGCCUCGGCACAUGCAAGGCUUUCUGCCUGGGAAGGAAGAGGUUCUGGCAGAAGUGUGGUAAGGACGGUGAACUAUCAAAGAGCAAGAUCUGCAACCCUUACCUCGCACAAGCAGUGGAGAAAGUCGGCAAAGGUCUGAUGAAGGUUUCCGAUAAAGCCGUCCAUGUCAUCAUCGGACUUGCUACGACAGCGAUCCUCGCCGGAAAGUAGACUUGAACCCGAUAACUAUUUCGACUAACUGUAGUUUCCUUCGGAAAUAAACUAGUUGUCUGUAAA